GCACAUGCUUUCAUUCAUGUUCCACACACGCUCUCCUUGCUUUGCUUCUUCUCCACUGUGCAGCGAUCGCUUCUCAUCAUCCAUAGUCAACCGACACAGGCAUCCAUGGCGUCCUCCAGCUCCAGGGGCCCUUGUUGGGUCGCGCUCGCGCUGCUCCUUUUCGUUGCUCUGGUGAGCACCGCCAAUGGCGACGAGCUCUCCGCGGGUUACUACGAGAAGACGUGCCCCAACGUGCAGCACGUCGUGCGAUCAGUGAUGGCGAGCAGGGUCGCCGCCCAGCCGAGGAUGGCGCCCGCCGUCCUCCGCCUCUUCUUCCACGACUGCUUCAUCAACGGAUGUGAUGCUUCCGUUCUCCUGGACGCAACUCCCUUCUCCCCGGGCGAGAAGGAUGCGGAGCCCAACGACUCCCUCACCGGCUACUCCGUGAUUGACGACAUCAAGUCGGCGCUCGAGCAGGGCUGUCCGGCAACCGUCUCCUGCGCCGACGUCAUCGCCCUCGCCUCCCGCGACGCCGUGGCCCUGCUCGGAGGCCCCACCUGGAGCGUGCCCCUCGGCCGCAAGGACUCACGCUUCGCCGCCGACCCGGAGUCCACCAAGAAGGGCCUCCCUAGCCCCAAAGACAACCUCGGCGAGCUCGUCACCAUGUUCGCAGAGCUCAACCUCGACGCCCGUGACAUGACCGCGCUCUCCGGCGCCCACACCGUCGGGAUGGCCAACUGCGAGACGUACAGGGACCGCGUUUACGGCGGCAACGGCGACAUCGACCCCUCCUUCGCAGAGGCCACCCGGCAGACGUGCCAGGCUCCUUCUGGUAGAGCGCCGUUCGACGUGCAGACGCCCAUGAGGUUCGACAACGCUUACUACCGGAACCUUAUCGCGCGGCGCGGUCUCCUCACCUCCGACCAGACUCUCUACGGCGGUGGAGGUCUGCAGGACAAUCUCGUGGAGAUGUACAGCGCCGACGGCGAGGCGUUCGCGAGGGACUUCGCCAAGGCCAUGGUGAAGAUGGGAAACAUACCUCCGCCCAAGGGAAUGCCCGUGGAGGUGAGGCUCAAGUGCUCCAUGGCCAACUAUUGAUUGCUCUCGAUCCUAAGUGCGUCAUGUAAUUAAUCAGGCCCGGUCAUAUUUGAUUCAUUCAUUAAGUGUACCCAUACAUGUGUGUGUGUAAUAAAUGGUUGUUUUCAAGUUUGUUUUAACGGGGAAAUAUAUAAUAAGCUCGCAUUCGAUACUUAUAUAAGAUAAUGAGCUUGGAUUUGAUUGUUA